AUGAUUUCUAUUGCUGUCAUUUACAUCGUUUAUUAUUUAUAUUGGAUUGAUAUAAGUAAAAAGUAUGAUAAAUUUAUACAUAAAAGUAUAUCAAAUGAUAACAAAAAACAAAUAUUAUUUUGGACAACAUUUUUUGGUAGUAAUGACCUUAGUAAUUUACAAUGUAAAUCAUUAAAUUGUAUAAUUACAAAUGAUAAAUCACUUUUCUCAACAUCAGAUGCAGUAAUAUUUCAUUUUAGUGAUAUUAAUCAUACUAAUUUACCUAAUCGUGCUUUUAAAUUACAAAAAUUUAUCUAUUUUACAAUGGAAUCACCAUUUUCAACAAAUAAUUAUAUAGCACCAAGAAAUUAUUUUAAUUGGUUAAUGUCAUAUAAUAGAAAAUCAGAUAUUUUAUUUCAAUAUGGUAGUAAAUGGAUUAAUGUUGAUGAGAAUAAUAACCAACGUCUAGACAAUAACUAUAAAAAUAUACUAUUAAAUAAGAAAUUUAAAAAAAUAAUCGGAUUUAUUUCAAAUUGCGCAACAAAUUCUGGUAGAGAAUAUGUUAUUAAAAAACUUUCAAAAUAUAUUAAUAUUGAUAUUUUUGGAAAAUGUUCUAAUGAUAUAAAAAAAAAAAAUAGUUGUCCUUCAAAAAAUAUAGAAUGUGAAAAAAAUUUAAUUAAUAGUUAUUAUUUUUAUAUAGCAUUAGAAAAUGCUCUUUGUAAUGAUUAUGUAACAGAAAAAUAUUGGUCUAGAUAUAUGCAUAAUUCUGUGCCAAUUGUAAUGAGACGUGAUAUUUAUAUUAAUAUUGGUAUACCUAAUUCAUCAUUAAUUGCUAUUUCUGACUAUAAGACAAGUAAAGAAAUGGUUGAGCAUUUAAAUUAUUUAAUGAAUAACCCUAAAGAAUAUUUAAAAUAUUUUGAAUAUAGAAAUAAGAAUAUAACAGUAAUGAAUUGGGAUCAAUUUAAUUUGGUAAAUGGUAUUUGUGCUUUAUGUAAUAAGUUAAAUGAUUAUGCUAGUAUAUUAUCACAAGAAAGAAUAGAUGAUGUUUUAAAAUUUUAUACAAGUAUUAAUAAUUGCACAACUCCGAAAAAUGCUAUUACAUUUUUAAAUGAUUGGUAA